UAAAACACUGCGCAUGCGCAUACAACCUACAUGCAAAAAGGAAAUGUGCGGAAAAAAGAAUGAAUUUAGGACCUCAAAGUUACAAAUUCUUGCUUGUUUAUCAACAAGAACUGGAUUUUAGGAAACCGCAACAGUUUUGAUCCACGGUAGAGCAGUUGCUAGGGAAACAAAAUGGAGAUGUGAUCUGCAGACACUGCUUUAUCUCAAGGAAGAACUUCUCAUCUCGGGAUACUCCAGAGCCUUCGCGCGUUAAAGAGGAAGAAGCAGCCGGAUGUCGGCAAGUCACCACUGACUGGUGUCUCUGGAGGGUGACGACAACCAAGGCAAAUCACCUGAGUGGUCACACUGCUUUAUCAUCACAGUCGGUGAAGAUAUGGAAAAACCUCCGAGAAGCAAUGCAGACAGUGAAGACAUCCAGCCGCUGAUUGCUUAUCAGGAAGAACUUCCCCCUCAUCCACCACACGUUAAAGAUGAACAGGAAGAGCCGAUGCCCCUCCGCAUAAAAGAACAAAAGGUUCAGUUCCACAUUAAGGAGGAAGAGCAAGAGACCGAUGUCAGCAAGUUGCCUCUGAUUGUUGCCUUUGUGAAAAAAGAAGACGAUGAAGACGAACCAGCCGAGUGGUCCCAGCUUCACCCUCACGGCCCGAGUGGAGGUGCGCCAUCAGACGACGUCUCGGGACCACUGUCAGACAUUAACGAGACACAAGAACCUUUGGGGAGGGACACGGACUCUGAAAGUGACGGCAAACAGUUGACAGGCUCUGAAAACGAGACGAGUGGCGGCAUCAAAGAAACUUCUCAAACGUGUAAAAAACGUGUUACCUGCUCUGUUUGUAGUAAACGUUUUGCCACAAAACAAACUUUAAUAACACACAUGAGAACACACACAGGAGAAAAACCCUUCAGUUGCUCAUUUUGUGGGAAGGAAUUUUCUCAAAAAGGACCAAUGCUGAGGCACAUAAGAGUCCACACAGGAGAGAAACCUUUUAGUUGCUCGGUUUGCAGUAAAACAUUCUCGCAAAAGGGAAGUAUAGAAUUACAUAUGAGAACACACACAGGAGAAAAACCCUUUCGGUGCUCAACUUGUGGCAAAACAUUCUCUCAGAAAGAAAAUAUGGUAACGCAUAUGAGAAAACACACAGGAGAAAAACCCUUCCGCUGCUCAGAUUGUGGUAAAAUGUUCUCUCGGAAGGAACAUGUGCUGACGCACAUGAGAACACAUACAGGGGGGAUACCCUUUACUUGCUCGGUGUGUGGAGAAAGUUAUGGUCAUCGGGCCAGUUUAACUGAGCACAUGCGCAAACACAACACAGAAAGCAAAUAAAUGUUUUCCUGUUGCUUGUCAUGGCUCAAAA